AUGGCCAAGACUGAUAAGAAGGACAAGAAGGGCAAGAAGGUCGCCGCGCCUGCCGCUCCGCCCGCCGAGCUCAUGGAUCUUGUCGAGAACUUCCUCUCCGAGCACGCUCCGUCCGCCCACGUGGCCUUCAAGAAGCAGCACGGCAAGAAGUCGUCCAAGUCCAAGCAUGCCACCAAGAAGCACCGCCACAACCUCGUCAGCGUCUUCCAGACCUGGGAGACGUCGCUGAGCACCCCCGAGGGCGAGCCCGUCACCAUCACCGAGACGGUGGUGCAGAACGUCAGCUCCAGCUCCGGCGAGAGCGAGAGCGAGAGCGGGAGCAGCAGCAGCAGCGAUUCGAGCUCCGAGGAGGAUGUCGACAUGGCUGACGCUGCCGCCGCCGAGUCGAGCUCCGACUCCAGCUCCGACUCCGACUCGAGCAGCUCCGACAGCGACAGCGGCAGCGAGAGCAACGAUGAGCCCGCUCCCAGGAUUGCUGUUCCCGUCGUCAACCUGAAGCGCAAGGCUCCUGCUUCAGACAGCAGUGACUCGUCUGACUCGGACUCUUCCGAUUCCGACUCCGAAUCCGACAAGAAGCGCCCUACCGCGAAGAAGCUGAAGACGGCCAAGGCUGCCAGCUCUUCGGAGUCCUCGGACUCGAGCUCCAGCUCUGGGUCGGACAGCUCCUCUGAUUCCGACAGCGAGAACGAGGGCAAGGCUGCCAAGGCGAAGGCCAAGGCCAAGAGGGGCAAGAAGACCACGAAGAAGGCUGAGAGCAGCGACGAGAGCAGCAGCAGCAGCAGCGAGAGCAGCGACAGCGACUCCUCCUCUUCGGACUCAGACUCAGACUCGGACUCGGACUCGGACAGCAGCGACUCCAGCUCCGAUGACGGUUCCGCCGCUGCCAAGGUGCCCCUGCCCGAGUCCGACUCUGACUCGUCAUCCUCCUCCUCUUCUUCUUCCGACUCCGACUCGUCCGACGACGAGGCUGCCACCAAGAAGGAAAAGACCAAGGCGAAGAAGGCCGCCGUCGAGGACGCCCCUUCUGACUCGUCCGUCACCCUCGACAACAAGACCUCGCCCGACUUCCAGGCCCCGCCCCUGCCCCCCGACCCCAGCACCCUCAACAACCGCGGCCGCGGCAACAUGAACAACCAAAAGGGCAGGAACGUCCCCUUCUCCCGCAUCAAGGAGUCGACCUACGUCGAUCCCCGCUUCGCCUCCAACGACUACGUCCCCAACGACUACAGCGACCGCGCCCACGCCGACCUCAUCGUCACCAAGGGCAAGGGCUUCACCAAGGAGAAGAACAAGAAGAAGAAGGGCAGCUACCGCGGCGGCAUGAUUGACAUUGGCGGUCGCGGCGGCGUCAAGUUUGACGAGUAA